AUGGCUCUCCUAGACUCCAUACAAAACGCACUCGCCCGCGUCCUUCCCGACAAGAAACCCUCGCUCGGCAUGCAGGCCUCGUCCACCGGUAUCGGCAACGGCGGCAUGGUUCCCUUUGUCGACGACAUGAUCGUCUCCAAACCCGCCAUCGUCUUCCACGCGUCCCAGUCCUUCUUCAAUUUCCUCGCCAUGUGCUGUUAUGCCAGCGUCGCCGCCUUCCAGGCUCAUUGGAAGAUCGGGCCCUCGGGCCUGUCCGGUUUUGCCGUGUUCAUCUCUGUGGUCGGCAUUCUCUUCCCGCUCUUCCUCCUGCUUGUCCCCGUCGUGUACGAAAAGUACAACAAGGGCGCGCGCCUCGCCCGCGCGAUGGCCGAGCCGCGCGUCAGCUUCAUCUUCACCGGAUCGGGCGUCGCCGUGAGCCUGCUCAUUUCGUUUAUUGUAACGAUCUCGGCGUGGACGGAGCCUGGAUGCAAGGAUUCGUUGAAGGAUCCGCACGCGAGUCUCGGGAGCAGCUUCCGGUCGGGUCUGGGCGGCUGGUGCAGCACUAAGAAGGCGGCUGCGAUCUUUUUUUGGCUCGCGUUCGGAUUUUGGGUCGCGUCGUUCGUGCUGACGGUCCUCAACUGGCGCAACGGCAAGUCGUCGCGGCCGCGCGACCCCCCGUUCACGGUCCCGAUGGACAUGGACGGCGACGGGCAGAUGGACACGGGGUACGACGAUGAAGAGUCCAACUACGCCACGUCUGUGAACAAGCCCGCGGGGACGAUCGAGGGCGCGGACGCUGCGCAGUCGCCGUUUGCGGACACGAACGCGUACGCGCCGCCGAGGACGGGAUACGGGCCUGGGAGCGCGUUCCCGAGCGUGCCGAAUGUGGGCGCGGGGCAGGGGCAGCAGCCGCGGCCGAGCAUCGACGCGUACGGGGCGUUUUCUGACCCGGCGCCGACCGGGUUCGGAGCGGGCGAGGAGGAGAUGGAGACGCCGCGGGUGAGUAGGACGAUGCAGUACGCGGACCCGUACGCGGCGGUGCGCUCGUCGGUCGCGGGGUCGACUGGCUCUGCGCCGCCGGGGUACUCGACGUACAACAACGGGUAUCCAUGA